AUGGCUUCUCCAAACCAUAUAAUAUCUUCUGAUUAUACUUUUCCGGCGAACAACGAGGACGUCUUGGUCAUAGCCAGACCAUCUUUAACUCGAACCGCAUCUUUAUUCUUUCCCUAUAAUCAUUAUUACUACUUCUCAGCGCCACCGUUUUACUACUUCUUCUCAGACACUAAUCUCCUUCCUCCUUCACCAUCAAUCUUUGUGUUUUAUCCUCUUUGGUCUAUAAACCCUAACCCUAAUCGGUUCGAGUCUAUACAAGAACCUCUUCCUCUUUAUUCUCCAAACCCUAGCCAAGAACUGUCUCCUCCUCCGACAACGAAUGGAAGUAAUGAAGGUAGUCUUUGUAGUAAGAAAGUUUUUGGUCGGAAAGAUAACAAGGUGACGUGGAGGAUCAAACAUGAAGAUGAAUCCAACGGCGGUCGUAUCACUACUGUCAUGCUUCGCAACAUACCAAACAAAUACACGAGGGAAAUGAUGAUUGAGGUCUUGGACAAGCAUUGUGAAGAAGCAAACAAAAAGGAGAAAGAUGAAGGGUUUCCUAUCUCUGCCUAUGAUUUCUUGUAUCUUCCUGUCGAUUUCAGGAGUGGAUUGAACAAAGGAUAUGCAUUUGUGAAUUUCACAAACGCAGAAGCAGUGAAGAGGUUUAAGGUUGCUUGUAAUCACAAGCCAUGGUCUCAUUUUUGCUCAAGAAAAGGCAAAGAUGAUUUGGUGAAACAUUUCGAACAAAUGACAUAUCCGGUUGAAGCAUACAGUGCGGUUUGUUUCAGUCCAGCUCGCAGUGGACCAAAGAAUACGGUUCAAACCAUUAUGGUCGGUAAAUGCGCUGAAUCAAUAUUCUCGGUUUAG